UGUUGGGUGUGCAUGCAAGUGUUUAAAGAUACAGUAUCAUUGUCUUGUAUUUUAUGUAUGCUAUUAACUGUCUGAUAACUCCUGCUAACAUUUUAUUCUUCUGAUGCAAUUGCUUACUUUUGUUGGUGUUAUGUAAUGUUGCAAGUGUGUAGACAAUACUGCUGGACUUAAUCUUUUACUGGGGUUUUUGUUUAGUUUUAUUCUAUUUAAAAGUCCGUGCAUUCGUUUUGUCUCUUGGAGGACAGUGUGUCCAAGCAUUUACGGCUCCCAAACUGAAAACAAAAGCAGAAAUAAUCAGAAGGGGGGGGAAUUAUUUCCCUGUCUCAGCUUGGGUUGCGAGCACACGUGCACGACUGCAGCCAGAGCCCAGAGCCCGCUGCUGUCAGCCAGGGGCUGGGGAGACGCCUGAGCCUCACUGAACAUAAACACUGCUACAGCGUGCAGGGAAAUAUUUCCCUCUCUAAUUUUUGGGGCAGGAGGAAAAAAACAAAAAGACUAAAUUAAAAAAAGAAAAGGAAAAGAAAAUGAGCAGAUAAGUUCAUUCAAGGUAACUUAAGAUUAUAGAACCAUGCUAACACUACCGUUUGAUGAGUCUGUUGUAAUGCCAGAAUCCCAGAUGUGCAGAAAGUUUUCCAGAGAAAGCGAUGACCAAAAGCAAAUAAAGAACCCGGAAAGCUUUUCGAAGCAGAUCAUACUCCGAGGGAAGAAUAUUAAAAGGUCUCCUGGAGAAGAUACAGAGAAAGAGGAGGAAGAGGAAGAGAGGGAGGAGGAGGAUGAGAACGGCUUGCCCAGGAGAAGAGGCCUUCGGAAAAAAAAGACAAGCAAGAUCAGGAUGGAAAGGAUCAAAUUCAGGCGACAAGAAGCCAACGCGCGUGAGAGGAACCGGAUGCACGGCCUUAACGACGCUCUGGACAAUUUAAGGAAAGUGGUCCCUUGCUAUUCUAAAACACAAAAACUGUCAAAAAUUGAAACGUUGAGACUAGCCAAGAACUACAUUUGGGCUCUUUCCGAAAUUCUGCGAAUUGGCAAGAGACCUGACCUGCUCACCUUUGUCCAGAACUUGUGCAAGGGUCUGUCCCAGCCAACGACAAACUUGGUGGCGGGAUGCCUGCAGCUGAAUGCCCGAAGCUUCCUGAUGGGCCAGGCAGGUGAAGGUGCCCACCAUGCCCGCUCGCCUUAUUCUACUUUCUACCCCCCCUACCACAGCCCUGAGCUUGGCACCCCCCCAGGGCACGGGACUCUCGACAACUCCAAGUCCAUGAAACCCUACAACUACUGCAGUGCGUAUGAGUCCUUCUACGAGAGUACUUCCCCCGAGUGUGCCAGCCCACAGUUUGAAGGUCCCUUAAGUCCUCCCCCAAUUAACUAUAAUGGGAUAUUUUCCCUGAAGCAAGAAGAAAGCUUGGACUAUGGCAAAAAUUACAAUUACGGCAUGCAUUACUGUGCAGUGCCACCCAGGGGUCCCCUUGGGCAGAGCUCGAUGUUCAGGUUGCCUACAGAGAGCCACUUCCCUUACGACUUACAUCUGCGCAGCCAGUCUCUCACCAUGCAAGAUGAAUUAAAUGCAGUUUUUCAUAAUUAAUGAGGAAAAUGAAAAUAAACAGUGGUCAUUCACCUCCCCAUCUAAUUAAGAGCGAGCAGAUGCUUGGGCACUGCGUAAUUGGCACAACUCUAUUUAACGUGUUUACUAGUUUCUAAAGUGUGUUUCAACUAUUGUGGGGAUUUUCUAUGUAUUAAUAAAUCCCUUUCCCAAUAAGCAUUUUUCCUUUUUUUUUUGUUGGUUUUUUUUUUUUGUUUGUUUGUUUUUUUUUGUCUGUAAACACUGUGAAAUUAUGUUUCUUCCCAGAGCUUAUUUCCUCCUUCCUUUUUUUCUUACCCCCCUACUUGCUUGAUUUGUUGAGCAGUGUGUCUGAACAGCACCGCCGAAAUAAAAGCAUACACACUGUGUAAAGUCAGUGUCUAUUUUGAUUGUACAGUAAUUAUACAAAUGCAUGUUAUUGAAAUCAGAUGAAUAAAAAUGAUGUAUUUAUAAUUGGUAGAAAUUAUAUAUUAUGUAUUUGAAGGGUUUAAAAAUAUUCAGAACUUUAAAGAAAUUCUCAGAACUGAGAUGGGCUUGCAAAAUGCAGAGGUGAGAGAGCAGCAAUAUUGAAAGCUAUGCAAAAAACACAUACAAAAAAAAAAAAAACAAAACAGAUUUUCUGGUGGUUGUUUUUGGGUAAGAUAACAAAAAAAAAAAGCAAUGACUGUCACUGAAAUUAUUCAACCUGGCCUUUAGAGUGUUGUUGGCAGGGGCCACAUGCUAAUAUUUUAGAAGAUGUUGUUGAAAUUUUGCCUCAGUUAUUUUGACCAUAUAUAAUCAGCACUUUUUUGUAUUAUUCUGACUUCAGAUGUAAAGGUUUGUUAUAACGAUGUAUAACUGUGGUUUCUCACUACGUAUUUUAAAUGCAAUUAAACAUAGAUGUUUCCACUUUUAAAAUACAUCUAUUAGCUGUGA